GGCCCGGCCCCCUCUCCAGGGCGCGCGGCUGCCCGGCCGCCACCUUCCGGCCACGCGGCGGCCCCGCCUCCUCUCCCACUUCCUUCCCGGCGGGAGCGGCGGGGCGAGCCGGCCCGAGGUCGCCGAUCUGGGCGGAGGGACCCGGCCGGCCCGGCGGACCCAGCAUGAGCGAAGUCCCCUGCAAGAAACGUGAGGACUAUCUGGAAUGGCCCGAGUAUUUCAUGGCCGUGGCCUUCCUGUCGGCACAGAGGAGCAAAGAUCCCAAUUCCCAGGUGGGAGCCUGUAUCGUCAACGCAGAAAACAAGAUCGUGGGCAUCGGGUACAACGGGAUGCCCAACGGGUGCAGCGACGACCUGCUGCCUUGGAGGAGGACAGCGGAGCGGAAGCUGGACACCAAGUACCCUUACGAUCAAUGGAAAAAAUAUCCUUGGGUGAGGAUAGGAAAAAAAGAUAGCAUCUGGCCACCGCACAGAGCAGUGUGCCACGCCGAGCUGAACGCCAUCAUGAACAAGAACUCGGCCGACGUGAAGGGCUGCACCAUCUACGUGGCCUUGUUCCCGUGUAACGAAUGCGCGAAGCUCAUCAUCCAGGUAUCAAAGAAGUUAUAUUCAUGUCUGAUAAGUACCACGAUAGCGAGGAGUCCACCGCCGCCAGGCUCAUGUUUGAUAUGGCUGGGGUCGCCUUCAGGAAAUUCACACCCAAGUGCAGCAAGAUUGUCAUUGACUUUGAUUCCAUCAACAGCAGGCCCAGCCAGAAGCUUCAGUGAGUCCCGUCCCAUUAAACCGCGGGAGGUGGGGAUAACCCUCCCCCAGGGAGCCGGAGCGCGUUUCAUCUGCAAGUUACACGCGCCUUCCCGUCGCCGGGCAGCACACGGAGACGCACAGCUACUCCGCACAAAGCCUCACCUCCCCGACUCUCCCGUCGCACGGAGUCUGCAUCUGACUAAGCUACUGAUUUAGGGUUAAGAUAAAGGGGCCUGUGCCCGGCCCAGCUCGAGGGGCUGGCGUGGGGUGCCUUCCCCUUUGCGUGCCGGUUUGCCGGGGUGCAGGGGAAUGUCCCCACGCGCGCUGUCACCCACCGCACGUCACAGCUGCUGCACGCGGCUGCAUGUGCUCGGCGGACAAAUAACCACCAUCGUGCCCCUGGCGGGAAGAGCCGGCGCUGGCGGGAACAUCUGGCCCAGUGAAGCAGAGCGUGUAGUGCCCGUGGAAACGAACGGAGGCCCACACGGCAGCGGCCCUAAGCCGUGCGCUUUAGAGUCGAGGGCCCCCACCCGCCGUCCUCACGGUGGUGGCAGAGCUGAGUUCUGGGCACUUUCUCUGCUUUUGCUGUCCUGCUCCCCACAGGGGAGUGGCUUCCUGUCCCUCUGGGGGUGGGGACUCCGGUGUUUUUAUGUCUCAUUUUUGGUUUGUUGGUCACAUAUUACUUAGUUGUUCCCAAGCAGACAGCUCAUCCUGUCGCCCCCAAGACCCCAUCCUGCUGUGGGGGUGGGGACUGUGUGGAUGGGCAGCCAUCAUGGCUCACUCCCAAGGCCACUCCCAAGGCCACUCCAAGGUCACUCCCAAGACCACUCCCAAGGCCACUCCCAAAGCCACUCCCAAGGCCACUCCCAAAGCCACUCCCAAAGCCACUCCCAAGGCCACUCCAAGGUCACUCCCAAGGCCACUCCAAGGUCACUCCCAAAGCCACUCCCAAGGUCACUCCCAAAGCCACUCCCAAGGCCACUCCAAGGUCACUCCCAAGGCCACUCCAAGGUCACUCCCAAAGCCACUCCCAAGGUCACUCCCAAAGCCACUCCCAAGGCCACUCCAAGGUCACUCCCAAAGCCACUCCCAAGGCCACUCUAAGGUCACUCCCAAGGCCACUCCCAAGGCCACUCCCAAGAUCGCUCCAAGGUCACUCCCAAAGCCACUCCCAAAGCCACUCCCAAGGCCACUCCAAGGUCACUCCCAAAGCCACUCCCAAGGCCACUCCAAGGUCACUCCCAAAGCCACUCCCAAGGCCACUCCAAGGUCACUCCCAAAGCCACUCCAAAGCCACUCCCAAGGCCACUCCAAGGUCACUCCCAAGGCCACUCCCAAGGUCACACCCAAGGCCACUCCCAAGGUCACUCCAAGGCCACUCCCAAGGUCACUCCCAAGGCCACACCACAGCCUGGGAGUAAAGGAUUCCUAACCUGUAAGUGAGAUGUGCGGAGAUCUAGGUGCCUCCAGGCGGUUUUCACCAGAUCUGGUGACAGGACCUCCUGGCUCCACGCCUCCCUCCUCUGACACUAAUCACAGGGAGGGGGGGGGCGUGGCUGGCUGGACACCUGUCUUUAAUCCCACUCAGUUUUUAUUAAACGUGCUCAGUCCCUUUGUUGAGAAAGUGGUUUCUUUAUCCUAAAGAUUAUGACUGAUUUUAAAGGGCUCUUACAUUUUUAUGAGUUUUUAUUUUGUCUCUGAGGUUUUGUACUCGGUAUUCUCGGGCAUUUUGUAAUUUGGCUCCUUACCAACAUUAUUAGAAUCUUAUUAAAACCUACCCCAGCGAAGGA